AUUGACGAGGGAGCUGGCCGUUCUUUUAACCAAAAGGCCAGCCAGAACCCCCGGUACGUGCAGUGCAAAAUAAUUAACAAAUCCCACUUGAUGCAAUCAAAACACCGCCAAAAUACCUGCACCUGAGCCUCGAAUGGGUGCAAUCGCGAAAUCAAUCACUUCAAAAUAGCACUUGUUGUCAUUGUACACACAGAAAAUCGGAUCCCGACCGACCGACCCGACCCGACCACCUUACGCGCCAGCCUGAGCGACCCGACUGCCCCUCUACAUAUCAAUACAAGUCGGCGCCAUGUCUCUCAAGAUCGAGCGAGACACGUUCGAAACGGGCACCUCCACGGCCGCCAAGGUCGCGGAGCAGGUGUCGUCAAAACUUUCCGAGGCCCGUGAUGCUCCCCUCCCCGGAACCAGCGGGAAGCACCCCGUCUCGGCCGCCGUCGGCACCGUCCUGACGGGUGGUAAAGCAAUGGCCGGCACCAAGGGCUACCUCGCCGCCUACAUCAAGCAGCUCGAGGACAACCCGCUGCGUACCAAGAUGCUGACGGCUGGAACGCUGUCGGGCGCCCAGGAGCUCAUCGCCUCGUUUCUCGCCAAGGACAGGAACAAGCACGGCAACUACUUCACCAGCCGCGUCCCCAAGAUGGCCGCCUACGGUGCCCUGGUCUCAGCACCAAUGGGUCACUUUCUCAUCUGGCUGCUGCAGAAGGCCUUCAAGAACCGCACCAGUCUGCGUGCAAAGAUCAUGCAGAUUAUCGUCAGCAACCUCAUCAUCGCCCCGAUCCAGAACUCAGUCUACCUGACCGCCAUGGCUCUCAUCGCCGGCGCCCGUACGUACCACCAGGUUCGUGCCACCGUCCGCGUCGGCUUCUGGAGGGUGAUGAAGGUUUCUUGGGUUACGUCGCCCAUCUGCCUCGCCUUUGCCCAAAAGUUCCUCCCUGAAGAGACCUGGGUACCCUUCUUCAACCUCGUCUCUUUUAUCAUUGGUACCUACGUCAAUACCAUCACCAAGAAGAAGCGUCUCGCAGCUCUUCGCAAGAAGCACUUUGGUGAUGGCGGCCCCGGCGGUCGCCCCAGCUCUCUCGGCGGCCGGCCAGAGGACUACCCUCCUAUGGGUCCCAACCCACCUUACUAGGCGAGAAGACGUACGAGCUAGGUUAGCGUUCAGCAUAUUUGAUGCUGCCAUGGCGUUGCGGGGACUGGCGGUGGUGCCUUUUGAGAAGAAGCAGGGCCUGAUUGGAUAAUGGCGUGAUGCCUCCACGACCUGGGAACGGAGGCGAGAUAGGUCGCAAAGGUACAACUAUAUUUAUGUAUCGCCUCCUGGGCAUAUUGUAUUUUCUUGGCACAUCCAGCUUUCUAUGUUUGAUUUUUCGGUAGAUGAAGAUACGCCAAUAAUAGUGAUGUUCGAUACCUGAG